AUGGACCACGAGGGGCUGCUGCUUGCGCUUGCGCGCAGCCACGACGGCAUAGGGUCUCUACUUGAGACCUUUUUCUCUUUUCUUGCAAAUCGCACCGACUUCUUCCAUAUUCUUGAGGAAGGGGGCCCUUCUAUGGGUUUUGCCCCUGCAGCAGCAGAGGCGAUGGUUGCUGAAUGCUUUGCUAAGUCUCAGCUUGCAUAUAGAGGAUCGAAGCAACCGCACCUAAUGCCGCCGCAGCUACGCAACAAAACAAUCAAAGAUAUACAACAUAUUACUCGUGAAUUCAAUCUAAGGAAGAAACAAAAACAAUACCAGUAUGCAAGUCCUAUAUGUAGAUUAGCCGUUCUUGCUGGACCACCAACGGACUUUGUAGGCACUAGUGACCAGGGUACACCGCAGCCGCCGCCGUCGCCGCCGCAACAGCAGCAGCACUUAACUCGACCAGCAGCAGAAUCAUCAUCAACAGCACCAUCACCAACAGCAGCACCAACAGCCGCAGCAACAGCAGCAGUAAGAGCAGCAGCAGCAACAAUGGAAAAAAGCGCUGCUCCUGUUGCUUCUAGUGUAGAGAAAAGGUCUCGCGGCCAACAGACAGCCGAAGGAGAUAGAGGGGUAGUAAUGGAUACAGACCCCCCAGGUAGCCCCUCUUCUCCAUCUCAUACAGCAGCAGCAGCAACAACAACACAGACACCAACAAGUAGCAGCAGCAGCAGUAGUACAAGUACCAGCAGCAGCAGCAGCAGCAGCAGCAGCAGCGCUCCCCUGGUGAUAGGAGGAAAGAAGGUAACAUUAAUAAGUCCAUGGAAUGGGGCGAUCCUGGAUCGUUAUGUUUGGUCACAAAGUAUCAGCGAAGUUACAUGCCAGAUACGUCUAUUAGAGCUGCUGCAGAAACAGCAGCAACAGCAACAGCAGCAGCAACAGCAGCAGCAGCAGCAACAGCAGCAGCUGAUAAAUGAAGUGGAUGCACGUCUUCUUAAUGUUACAUUACGUGAUGACUCCAUCAAGAUCACUUAUGAUGAGGAUUCGUAG